AUGGGACAAGAAGGUACACCGCGACGAUCUGCGGCUGGCCCACCUACCCGGGGAGAACCCUCCCUCGAGGAGGUAGCACCCACACCAGACACCGAGGGAGCGCCUGAGGGGGACACGCCCGCCGAGACCACCCCGACACGAAGCCCAACUGGUCAGAGCCGACCACGGACGCUCGUGUACGAGGACAUGACGGCCACACCGGCACCAGAGGUAGCCGACGAGCCCAGAGGGACACCUACCCACGAAGACGAGCCCCAAGGACCCCUCAUCGAGUGGCCUCCGGACACUGACGAUCCCACGACUACACCGAGACCGCCAGAAGACGGCGUCGAGACACUCUCGAUCACCGAGCUCCCGGACCCCCUCAGCACCCCGACAGAGGACGGCGAGGCUGAGACCAUUCCCGUGGUGACGGAAUCCGACGACGAGACCACUGAACUGGGUCCGCCUGGCAUCCCAGAGCGGGAGAGACGUCCGUACCACACUACGCCGCGUUCAGCCCUGGACGACCUACGGCCAGACGCCGCCACAUCGCCCCAGGAGCCCCCGGGCCUAAGAGACGUCCCAGGGAACCUCCCCCCGAGGAACCGCCGGCCACCCAGGUACCUGGACGACUACGUACGGGGGAAGGCGCCACGGGCCCCCGCCCACGUCCCACCACCUGGACUCACGACGCGGGACGCAUCAGAGCGCGGGCCCUACCAGCUGCUGGACCACGCCGACGAGCCAACACCCGGCUGUUCGACGCGGGACGCACCAGGUCCAGAGCGCGGGCCCUAUCACCUGCCCGACCACGCCGACGAGCCAACACCCGGCUGUUCGACGUGGUACGACCUGGAUCCAGAUUAA